AAGCACACCAAUUUUGUAUUGUGCUACGCAAAACAAGCAUCAACUUGAAAGUAGCAACAAAUCAUCAUGGCCUUCCGGUACCAGAGCUCCUACAGUGAGGCUGAAAAUGAAGAAUACUCAUACAGUUCAAUGGGGAUGGGCCACAAUUCCCACAACAGCCACCUUGGGCUCGGGAGUAGUUACUGUGGUAACCAGAUGGCUGGAUACUCUGGUGGCUAUGGCAAUGCCAGUGCAGGAUAUGGAAUGGGGGCCAUGGGGCAACAUGGAAUGGGGGCCAUGGGGCAACAUGGAAUGGGCCACCAUCAAGGACAUGGCUACCACAACAACCACCUCGGUGGUGGAGGGUUGGGUUCCAACUAUGCCAUGAACCAACAGAGUAGCUUUUACUCUGCCAAUAAUUCUUGCGACCCAUGCACGAGGUUCUUUUGAGUAGAAGAAUGUACCAGAUCAGUCAUCCAGCUGGUAACAAUAUGUACUACUAUGUAAUAUCUAAAAUAAAUUCCCUGCAAGCCAUGGCGCUUGGCAGAGGUGUGUAAACUACUAGUUGUGUGCUUCAAAUGUAGUGUGUCGUCAACUCAUUCUCUGGUGUUUUAUCCUAAUUAUGCCUAUCAUAGUAUGUCAGAAGAAUAUACAAAUGCCUUAAUUUGCUGCUAA